ACAACUAAUUAUUAGCCAAAUGUAGGGUGAACAAAGAGUUACAGGUGAAGCAAUCCUGGGGUUGGAACUUAGAAAUAUCGGAAACAAGCGCCGCCCAAUGGUCUACAGUGGCAAACAGAUCCGAGCGUACAUCACCGGUUAUUAUCGAACGAGUGCCGACUUCUUUCAAAUCUCAGCCCUCACUCCGCUUGCUACUCAUUGAUUUGCUCCUGUGAGGUUUCUCAAAAACGAUGUUGAAGCUGAAGCAUUUCCAGCAACUCUGGCGUUCUGGGAGCAGAGGAAAUUUGAACAUCUUUAGAAACAAUUAUUACUACUUCAGUGAAGGGGAUGCAUUCUUUUCCAACAGAUUAUGCACACUGACAGGGAUGAGUGAAGUUGAUGACCUGCCUAAGACAACUGAGUCUCCAGAUCUUCCAGGUUGGGUCAAAUUUCCUGAUAAAACAAAACAGGGUGUUUCUGGCAUGACUGAGGAUGAUGAUGAUGAUUUUGUAUUACCUUCAUUGUGGGAUUGGAUUGAAAAGGAUAAUCCCAGUAGACAAGAAAGUGAUGCCGAUGGUUUAAAAAAUGAUGCUGUCACUGAUGUUGAUAAAAUAUCAGAGACUUUAAAGAAUCAUUUUAAGUCUCCAGAUGAUGUUGUUCAAGCAUUAGAUGUCUUCAGUGUUGAUGUGUCUGAGGAACUUGUGGAGAAAAUUUUGAAAAGAUUCAGCUUUGAGUGGAUAAAAUUAUAUGGAUUUUUUAAAUGGGUAAAGCUGCAAUCAAACUUCAAGCUCCCUCGUUAUUUGUACAAUUUGCUUAUUGAUAACCUGGGGAAGGCAAGGAACUUUGUUGUGAUGUGGGAAGUUGUGGAAGAAAUGAGUGUUCUUUAUGGUAUCACAUUGGAAACCGUCACUGUAGUCAUUAGAAGGCUUGCAAAGGCUGGUCAGUAUGAUGAUGCAAUAGGGGCAAUUCCAAGAUUUGAGCAAUUUGGAGUUCCUAAGGAUACAAAUAUGGUGAAUAUAUUAAUUGAUGCAUUGGCGAAGGGUGGAAGUGUGGAACGUGCUUAUGAUGUUUAUUUACAAGAAAAACUUCAUGCAUCCCCAAAUCUAACCACAUUCAAUAUGUUAGUCCACGGAUGGUGCAAAAUUAACGACAUAGAGAAAGCCAAGAGAACCAUCCAAGAUAUGGUGAGGCAUGAUUUCUCUCCUGACUCCGUCACUUACACUUGCCUUAUUGAAGCUUAUGGUCGUGAAAAAGAUUUUCGCAAAGUUGAAGCCACCUUAGAUGAAAUGCAAAGGAAGGGGUGCCCUCCAAAUGUAGUUACAUAUUCAAUAGUCAUGAAAGCCUAUGGACUUGCUAAGGAGCACAAUAAGGCUCUAGAGAUAUAUGAGAAAAUGAAGGAAAAUAGUCUUCUUGAUGCCCAUGCUUAUGGGAUUCUGAUUAGCAUCCUAUAUAGCUCUGGAAGACUCGGUGGUUCCACUGAUGUAUUCGAGGACAUGGCCAAACAAGGAAUAACUCCUAACUUGCAGAUGUUCAAUGUGAUGAUCCGUCAUGCUGCCAAGAGCUUGAAAGAAGAGGAGGCACUCAAAUUACUCAAGAAAAUGGAAGAGUGUCAAUGCAAGCCUGACCUUGACACAUAUGCACCUUUGUUGAAGAUGUGUUGCAAACUAAAAAGAAUGAAAGUUUUGUCUUUUCUGAUAGACCACAUGCACCAGAAUGAUGUCAGCUUGGAUCUUGGGACAUAUGCUCUUUUAAUUAGUGGGCUUUGUAGGAGUGGGAAACACAAGCGUGCUUGCUCCUUCUUUGAGCAAUCAGUUCAGAAAGGGAUUUUGCCAACAGAAACCAUGCACAAGAAACUUGUUCAAGAACUUGAGAAGAAGGGCAUCCAUGAAGAAAAGAAAUACAUUGAACAACUGAUGAUUGAAGCUGGAAAGCACACUUCUGAAGAGAGACCGGAGAUCAACUAUGGUUAAGUAAGGCUACUUAAAUUUUUCAAUGGAUCCAAAUCCUAAAAUGUGUAGCCAUUUUUAGAAACUUUAAAUUGAUUGCCUACACAUUUGAUGGUAAAACGGCAGUAUGGCUUAGUUACUUUCAUAUCUAGGAUAACAGGCUGUUAGAUAAGCCCGAAGCUUAGUGGUUGAUUUAAUACAUUAACGUGAAGUGUGAAAUUAUUUGUGCUUUUGACUCUCAGCUGUAAGCUGGCAUGAAAAUCCAACCCUCUAUUAUUGAGGAAAUUUUCC